CUCUAGCACGAGCCCCACCCAAACCUCAACCAAGCUCUGGCCUAGUUUUUCAGUGAAUCUGGUCUCAAGAAGCGAAUUCUGGUAAAUGACCCCGUACCAGCACCAAAAGCCGUUGCGGAUCUCGCUUCUCGGGGCAGAACGGGUGGGCAAGACUACGUUCGCACGCGGCGUCAAGUACCAUUCUUCCUCCCCCCAGACGACCGAGGCGUACUACCCCACAAAGUCAAUCCAGUCGUCACUACUGUUGUUCCAGCCGUCUGAUCCGCUUGCACGUGCCAUGUUGGAUGAGGCGUGCACGCUUGAGUUCCUCGUGACGGAGAGCACAAAGAAGGGCAUUCUCCUCAGCCCGCUUGUUACGAAACACUUGCCGACAAAAGCGACUCCACUCGAUCAGAGGUUCAAAAGCAAGGGGGACAUUUCGUACCAUCCGCGGAACGAUAUCUACGGCUACGAAGACCUCUCAGCGACGCCGUCGUUUGGAGCGACUGGCGCUACCGGCGCUUUCUUGACAUAUAAACCGCCGUUAAUCACUCCUGUGACCGUUGAGUUGAUCGAUACGCCGGCUUUCAAGCCUCACUCGGUGGUACCAUACUUAGAGGUGGCACUAAAUCGUGAGUUGGGCAAGGAGGUGUUACGGAAGUUGGCGGAUGCCCCCAGACAACCUGUCUCCACCAACCCGCUUCUCGUAGCCUCCGGCGCCUCUGAGAUGAACGGGAGCAUUGACGGUUACAUCUUCAUGUAUAGCUCGGUGCCGUCACUCAACCCACCGUCGUAUGGGGCUAUAGACUCGCAGAGGGAGCAGACGUCGCUUGACCUCUUGGAUUCGAUCAAAAACACCCUCAGUGACGCGUGGGUCGAGUUUGUUGACUACAAAAGACGCUUCAACGAGGGAAAAGAGUCUGAUGUAUUUUCCUUAUCGUAUAACUUCCGCCGUGCCGUCAUGCAAGAUGAGGUCAAGUUGGCGCAGCGACGCGAGCAAUUGCGUGCAGUGAACCUGCAGAUGAAAAUGUACGAUAUCAACUUUAAUGACCCUAUGAACUCUACACCGCCGAUUCUUAUUGUCUGCACUCACAGCCUGAGUGAACUUGCCUCGCCAGAGUUGGUGAAGCAGGGUCAGCGGCUUGCGGCCUCCUGGGGCUGUGGGUUUAUUGGUGUGGAUACCAUGGAAGGUGCGUCCACGAACGCUGGAAUCGAGGAGGCUUUGUCUAUGAUGAUCAGAGAGAUUUCUGAGAAGCGCAAGUAUGCGGCCAAGCAUAAAAAAUCCGGAAAACUUUGGUAAAGGAAAAGAGAGCUGAGAGAGGAGAGAAGUUUUGGAGACUCUGAAGAGAGGCCAGGAGUCAAGCUUUCUGGUAAUUGCUUGGUUUCUUAGUAGGUAAUUGUGGGUGGUAUAGCUACUAGAUGUGUGAAUUAAUGAUUAAACGUAAACGAUAUGCG